AUGAGCACCCUACGACACGGGCUUCGCUGCGCCUUCCAGAAGCCAGUGACCGCAAGACCAGCGGUUCUCGAACGACAACAUGUUUUCUCGUUGACAGCCUCGACGGCAAUACGAACACACACACGCUCUCACGGCCGUUCUCCAUUGCCGUCCAUACGCUUUACAAGUCGCACUGCAUCCCGUUCGCCGUGCCACUACUGGCUACCCCUUCGCACUGUAUCACCACGCACAACCACUUCUCGACCUCGCCUCUCGUACACCUACUCCACUCGCGCGCAAGUCCGCACUUUCUUCUCCGCAUCGUCCGUCACCACCCAGUAUGUCGACCUUCCUCCCGACUACAACGACGCCGAAGGCCUUCCGUUCCGCCGCCGCGGCGACCUCGAGCCCAAGGAGGUCGCCGAGGUGUUUGGUCCUGGCAUGAGCCCGGUCGCCGCCAACACCCUCUUGCGCAUCCUGCACGGCCGCCGGGUCGCCGGCACGCUCGACGAUCCGUCUCUCCGAGUCAAUACGGCACGCUUCCCGCCAGCCGAGAUCGAGACCGCACUGGCCUACCUGCGCCGGACGACCCCCGUCGACGAGCUGAUCAACGCAGGCCUGCGAGCCGAGGACGAGCUGGCCACCAUGGAGCGCGAGCAGGCCGAGUGGCUUACCAAGACGGAAGCAGACGAACAGGCCUACGUCGAAGCCCACUCGAAAGAGGAGGGUGACGGCCAGGACCAGAAACCGGCAACGCGCCCGCUCAGCGCCAGUGAAACCAAGUGGCGUUCCCGCCUGUUCCGCGAGGUGCCGAAAGACGAUGUGUACGGUGUGGGCGCCUUUGACGCCAUCCGCGCCCGCAACCGCGCCAAGAACGAGAUCCGCGAGCGCCAGCGGCAAGAGGCCGAGGCCGCCCGGCGAGCCGAGCAGGAGAAACUAUGGGCGGAGCAGGCCGCCAAGUCGCGCGACUUGGUGGGCCCGGAUGGCGCGCCCACUGUGGGCGUGCCCGGUGUGGCCCGCGAGAUGAGCCCGCGGACGAAGCAAUAUGCGCUGGCCGCGACGUCGCCGCUGGAAGCGCCGCCGACCAUGUCCCAUUGGCAGCGCCUGUGGCCGUCGUACGCAACUGUGCUUGCGCUAGUGCUUGGCGGCGGCCUUGUCACGCGCUACUUGGAAGCCAGCGGCACGGACACGGCCAGCGCAGGCCGCCUGUUCCCGUCGAUUUCGCCCUCUGCCGCCACCGUCCUCACAAUCAUCGGCGCCAACGUCGUCGUCUUUGCUAUGUGGCGCGUCCCGCCGCUGUGGCGUCUGUUCAAUCGCUACAUGAUCGUGGUGCCGGCGACGCCACGGCCGCUCAGUUUGCUCGGCGCCAUGUUUUCGCACCAAAAGGCGGGCCACUUGCUGGCCAACGUCGUUUUCCUUUGGUUCAUUGGCACGCGGCUGCAUGACGAGAUCGGCCGGCCGGCUUUCUUGCAGGUGUACUUCUCCUCUGGCCUGGUGGCCUUCUUAGCGAGCCUCACGAACAUUGUGCUGCGCAACAACCUGCACCUUACGACGCUGGGCGCGUCAGGCGCCAUUUACGGCAUCGCCGCAGCAUACUUUAUGCUGCACAAGUUUGAGGGCUUCAAGAUCCUGGGCCUGCCGCCCGACCCGUACACCGGUAUCCAGGGUCUCGGGUUCAUUGGCCUCAUGCUGGGCCUUAACCUGCUGACGCUGCGUGCUGAGAAACACGUCAUUGAUGUCGUCACGCAUUUUGCCGGCAUAGCUGCUGGCUCUGCCUUUGGCGAGUAUAUGCGAAUGCAGAAAGAAGAGACACACAAGGCGGCUGCCGAGGGUCGCCCGCCACGAAGCGUGUGGGAGCUGAUGUUCUCCGACAGCACGCCGGCUGUCAUUUCUGCUGAUGAGCGGCAGCAAGAAAGCAACACAAAACCAUAG